AUGCCAUCUUCAUCGCUUCGAUCUUCUUCGGAGUCGGAGAGCAGCAGCCAGGAGUACCUGCAAAGACUCUUAGACUCGGGCCGCCCCAUCCUCCGUGGCGAGCUGGAGGCGAUCGACGAGAAUUUGCCUUCACUUGUGGGUGUGCUGCGCUCAGUUGGAGCAGGCCGUGAAGUGGUCCGCAGCCAUGUUGGGGAUGCUGCAGAACGCUUGAUUCACUUGUUCUGUGUCGUCCCAAGACAGUCUCUAAUUCACGAUGACCUUUUGUUCCACUACACAGACUCGGAGCUCGUUGAACAUCUCAAACAAUCUGAGGUAUCGCUUGCUGCCCCUGCCACUAAUUCCAAUUCUAAUAAUCAGGAUCAGAUUCAGGAGGAUCACUCAGCAGCGCCUUGGAGUUGGAGGAAGAAACUGCAAACUCUUGUUCCUGCUAAUGGGAUUACAGUGAAGCACAUAAAGACCGGGGAAGAUGUCUUGGUCUCAAGGAGGGUAGUUGCAGUGUUUCUUAUGAUGACAACGGCAGAUUUCAGUGACCAACUUUUUGGUUUCCAGGACGAGCUGUUUGAUAACAUAGAUGGCCGCCUUGAGUUCAAGGGCAACAACUAUGCAGCUCUGUGGCCUGGCGAUGGCAAGCCGGGGCUUUGGAUGAAUUCCAUAUCAAGAAUGGCUGCAAUAUACACUCUGAUCGUGAGAGAGGAAGCGAUUUUUGUUCAAGAGAGGAAAAUUACUAGUGCUACUGCAACUGGAGACAAGUUGGACAAAUCUAGAGAUGAAGAUAUUGAGCUGGUGGUGCCACCGACAAGUGCACAAGGGUUCUGGAUGAAUUAG